UGCAGAGGUUUUGUCCUCUUAACCUGGAUGUUGCGCCCAGAAGAGCAGACGGACUUUGACGUCGGCUAAGAAGGAGGUACACUAACAUCAACACAGACAGUUACAGCGCAUAUAAGAUUGUAAUCACCACACGGUGGAGCAAAGGGACGCAAACUUUAUUCCCACAUUUGAACCGAUGAACCGAGCAACAAAGUUCAGCAAUUGAAGAAAAAAAAAAUCUUCCUGCAUAUCAUCCAACACUUAAACUCUACUGCAAAUAACUGUCCUCUCUAUGGAUCGCAGUCUCUUGUCAAAAUGCCACAGCACAUUAAAUGUUUUGCUUUCCCCCAGAAAACAAUGCAGUGACUUUUGUUCAAUGUGCGCUCAGAACGGAUUGCGAUGAUUGCGUCCAACUUGAGUGUGAUCAGUUGCAGGAGGGCGAACAGCGCGCUGUGCCUCAGUGCAGUGGAGGAACAUUUGGAGGCGUCCUCCUCCUAUCGCAACCUCAGUCCAACCGGCCACCUGCUCGUGGCUGUGACCUUGGGCUUCAUCGGCGUUUUCGGAUUCCUCAACAACCUUCUGGUUCUCGUGCUCUUCUGCCGCUACAAGAUUCUGCGGUCCCCCAUCAACUUUUUGCUGGUGAAUAUUUGCUUGAGUGAUCUCCUGGUAUGCGUGUUGGGCACGCCGUUCAGCUUUGCGGCGAGCACUCAAGGGCGAUGGCUCAUCGGUGACACUGGAUGUGUGUGGUACGGCUUUGCCAACUCGUUGUUAGGCAUUGUGUCACUUAUCUCUCUGGCCGUGCUAUCAUACGAACGGUACUGUACAAUGAUGGGCUCCACUGAGGCUGAUGCCACCAACUAUAGGAAGGUGGCCGGUGGGGUAGUGAUGUCCUGGGUCUACUCUCUAAUCUGGACUGUGCCCCCUCUGUUUGGUUGGAGCCGCUAUGGCCCAGAAGGCCCCGGGACCACCUGCUCUGUAGACUGGACAACCAAGACAGCCAAUAACAUCUCUUACAUCAUUUGUCUUUUUAUUUUUUGCCUUAUUGUCCCCUUCCUGGUCAUUGUCUUCUGCUAUGGUAAGCUGCUGCAUGCCAUUAAACAGGUCAGUGGUGUGAACACCCCAAUGAGCCGCAAAAGAGAACACCGGGUUCUUCUCAUGGUGAUCACCAUGGUGAUCUUCUAUCUCCUCUGCUGGCUGCCUUAUGGGAUCAUGGCUCUGCUGGCCACUUUUGGAGCCCCAGGACUGGUGACUGUGGAGGCUAGCAUAGUGCCCUCCAUCUUAGCGAAGUCCAGCACGGUCAUUAAUCCCAUCAUCUACAUCUUCAUGAAUAAACAGUUCUACAGGUGUUUCAGGGCUCUUUUCAACUGUGACAAACUCCAGCGAGGUUCCAGUCUGAAAAGUUCUUCAAAGGUAACUAAACCUGUUCGGCCUGGACGGCGCACAGACAACUUUACUUUUGUGGUUGCUUCAUUGGGACCCACAGUGCUGCCCAACCAGGCAAACCCAGCGGAGGACCGCCCUCUAUCAACAGAUAAUGCCAAACCUGCAGUGGUUUCCCUUGUGGCCCAUUAUAAUGGUUGAGAGUUAUUCUGCUUUGAAAAAUGGUGACACUUGAAGAAACUUUUCACAUAAAAUGAGGCAAAGGCGGUGUGAGAUUUGGAGGAUUUUACAAGAAUAUUGCGUAUAAGUACUAUAACAAACGGGAAAAUGAAAGAAUCCUGAGAGAGGCUGAUUUUUUGGAGUUUAUUUUUAAGCUCUACCCUACCGUAUAUGUUUCUGUUAUCCAACAAAAGGGUGUUAUAUUCUUGCAGUAAUAUGUAGCUAGCAGUUCCAAAUUUUCUUUGAAUUCUGCAGAUAUUAAGAUGACUAUUUUUGUAGACCGGUCCAAAUGGUCUGCUGAGAGAAAAAUACUAUUCUCAGUACAGUAAACAACAGCUGUCAAGUGUUUGACACUCUUUUUUUUAAUAGUCCAGAUGAGAAAACAAUAUUUAUAUCAAUGUACAACUUGUAAGGGUUUUUCUACAUCUAUUCAUUUUUCUUUUCAUAAGAGAAGAUGGGUAUGACUUUUUUCAAUGGGUUUCAAACAUUGUAAGCACUGUUACUGUAUGGACUGUGAAUGUAUGUUACAGCUUCUGUUUUAUAUAAUAUAUAAAAAUUUAUAUAAUAUAAUUUGUUUUGUGAACAUAUAGGUUAGAAGUAUUUGCUAAUUCAAGCAUUUUUGUUCAGAUGUUUAACAAAUACAUGAUACAAACUAUAGUGAUUUUGGUCCCAAUUUAUAUUAGGUGGCCUUAACUACUAUGUACUUACAUAAAAAAAAUAAGUACAAUGUACUUAUUGUGUUCAUAGUAUUGUAAAACACUUUUGCUGCUAUUGAGGUGGGAUGGGGUAAGGUUAGGGAGAGGGUUGGAGGUAUGGGUAAGUUUAAGGGUGGGUUAAGGUGUAAAGUAUGGGUCAACAGUGUAAUUAUAAAUGUAAUUACAGAAAUUAAAUACAGAUGUAAUUACAUGUCGUUUUUUUUAUAUAAGUAAAAUGUAAAACAUGUAUGUACACAAUAAGUACAUUGUACUAAAUUAUUAAUUAAAAUGUAAGUACAUAGUUGUUAAGGCCACUUAAUAGAGAGAAGAAUAAAAGGAAAAGAAAGGAAAAUAUUGUAUUGUGAUAUGACAGUUAACAAUUUAGAUCAUGUGUCUGCAUUUCAAUAUUUGUUAUACAUAACUGCAUUUUAAGGACAAAAUACUGAUGUAGGAAUGUAAAAUAUUGAUGUAUAUUUACAUGAAAAAUCUGGUAUGUAUUAUACCAUUUAUUAAUUCUCUAUAGGAUUUCAGUGACAACCACUUCUAUGUUAUAAUUUUUUAAUUUUUAAUUUUUAUUUGUAUUGUGAGGCUGGAGAUUUAUGUGCUCCUGGGGAAUUCCAGUUUUAUCAUUCAAUUAACAUAUCAAAUUAGUAACAUUCUCCAACAUAUUCCAUUUAGAAACAUGUACAUCUGAAUUUACAGUGUUUUUUACUGUAAAUUUACUAGAUGAGCAGAACAUAAGUUCAGGGGUCUGUAAUGUUUUGAGAGUAAGAUGUUUUUUUAAAAGCUCUUUUAAGCAUUUUAUUCAGCUUACUUCUGUGUGGGCUUCUGUAAAUGAAGAAUGAACUUAAUUUGUUGUGCAUGACCUGUGUUUAUGUUCAUUUACCCAUGCAGAAAUGCUGUCGUCAUAUUUGUUUGUAUUUGCAAAUUUUAUGUGUGAAUCAAUAAUGCAGUAAAUAUCAGAUCAAUGCAAAAUGAGAACUCCACAGUUACACCAGUAUUUUUGCAGGAAUGCAGGCAGGUAAAGAAAUGUGGAAGACCUGCAAAUAAUUCUGGAAAUCAUCUACUGUAUAUUUAGACUGUUACAAUUUAUUAUUAUUAUUAUUAAAAUUCUACCAUACUUUUGAGAUUAAUGAUUAUAAUGAUGUGAAAGAAACUAAUUAUGUAAAAAAUGUUAACAUCAGUAAUGUAUACAUUUCUAAACAUCACUUGUCCACAAUAUCAUAUAGCGGAUGGAAACAUACUGCUAUGACCUUUGUGUGUGCAGUGAGUAUGAUUUAAAAUGUAUUAUUUUACAAUAUUUAUCUUUAUAAAGUGUGAAAAUCUCAAGCCAAAGUUGUUACAUUUGAGAUCUUAACACAGUUUGAUCAAUAAAGGUCUUUUGAAAGCAA